GGGAGACGGGGGGAAGCGCAGAGUUUUCAGGCCUGGCAACUGAAGCAAUGAAACGUCGUAUUUAAACAGUUUUGCUUUGCUGCUGCUAAAAGUAUUUUCGGAAACCAAGCCUUUUUAGCAUGCGAAUCUAUAAAGUUAUCAUUUUGUUCGGGUUUCCAUACUUAACGUUAAUAAGCUAAGCUAACGGUUCAGGCUAACGUAAACGCCAAAUUUGUCUAAAGGCCCAGUGAUUUACGUCAAAAAUAUUCGUUUUAAAGGCUUUCAUUCCUUAUCGAGUUAAGUUAUUUUGUAAUCACAAGUAUAACUAUGCUGUAAACUAUUAAUAUUGCCGCCAUCAUGUUCAUUUAUCUCAGUAAGAAGAUCGCUAUCCCAAACAAUAUCCCACUCAAAUGUGUGUCUUGGAACAAAGACCAGGGAUUUAUCGCCUGUGGAGGAGAUGAGGCUCUCCUAAAAGUGCUCAAGCUUGAAACUCAGACAGAUGAUGCUAAACUGAAAGGCCUUGCUGCACCCAGUAACCUAUCUAUGAACCAAACCCUAGAGGGGCACAUUGGUGCAGUGCAAGUGGUGACAUGGAACGAGCAGUACGAGAAACUGACCACCAGUGAUGAAACGGGGCUCAUAAUUGUGUGGAUGCUAUACAAAGGUGCGUGGUACGAAGAGAUGAUCAACAACCGAAACAAGUCAGUGGUGAGGAGCAUGAGCUGGAACGCUGAUGGCCAAAAGAUCUGCAUAGUGUAUGAAGAUGGAGCGGUCAUUGUUGGAUCUGUUGAUGGAAACCGGAUUUGGGGAAAGGAGCUAAAGGGAAGUCAGCUUGCUCAUGUAGCAUGGUCACCUGACAGCAAGAUCCUCCUCUUUGGGAUGGUCAGCGGGGAAGUGCACAUCUACGACAAUCAAGGAAACUUCAUAAUGAAAAUGACCAUCAGCUGUCUCACAGCUGCGAAUGGAGCGGUCAGCAUAGCUGGUAUUCACUGGUAUGCAGGAACCAGAGGCUAUGUUGAACCAGACUGUCCGUGUCUUGCCAUAUGUUACGACAAUGGAAGAUGUCAGAUCAUGCGUUUCGAGAAUGAUGAAAAGCCGGUGUGCAUCGACACGUUGAUGAAUGUGGUCAGUAUCCAGUGGAACCACUGUGGCAGUGUGUUGGCAGUGGCUGGAUCCCUUCGAGCCUCAAAUAAAGAGAAAGAAUUUAAUGUAGUGCAGUUCUACACUCCUUUUGGAGAGCAUCUAAGAACUCUCAAGGUUCCUGGGAAGCAGAUGUCAGGGGUAGGCUGGGAGGGAGGAGGGCUGCGAAUCGGCCUGGCCGUGGACUCCCACAUCUACUUUGCCAACAUCAGACCAGAUUAUAAGUGGGGCUACUGCUGCAGCACGGUGGUGUACGCCUACACAAAGCCAGAGCGCCAGGAGCACUGUGUUGUAUUCUGGGACACCAAAAACAACGAGAAGUUUGUCAAAUAUGUCAAAAGCUUGAUGUCUAUCACUACCUCUGGAGACUUCUGCAUCUUGGCCAGCAAAGCAGAUGAAACACAACCUCAGGAGGAUGCUGGGUGUGAGGGUGUGAGUCCUGCAAAGUAUGUCCUUAUUCUGUGCAACUCCAUUGGAACUCCGCUGGACUCAAAAUACAUCAACAUUGAUCCACUGUUUGUUACCAUGACGAAGACACACGUCAUUGCUGCAUCCAAGGACGUUUUUUACUUGUGGCAGUACAGAGUGGCAAAGAAACUGACAGCCCUGGAGAUCAACCAGGUUACCAGAACAAAGAAGGGAGGGAGGGAGAGGGUCUAUCACAUCGACGGCAGUCCCUCUGGAGCCAAUGACAGCGGUCAGAAUUCAGAAAAAAGCCUCCCAGCCACUCGAGACCCCAUCUGUUGCAUUACAGCAACGGAUAAAACCCUGGUGGUGGCACGUGAGUCUGGCACCAUCCACAGAUACAGCCUUCCAAAUGUUGUUCUCAUCCAGAAAUACAGUCUGAUCAACAGAGCCUUUUACAUGUCCCUGAACUGCAACUCCAGUCGUCUGGCCAUAAUCGACAUCUCAGGUGUGCUGACGUUGUUGGACCUGGAAGUGUGUUCUGCCGGAGAUAAUGGCGCGGACCAUGCGGCUGCCGGGGACCCGUCAAAGUUUGAGCGCAAGGAUGUUUGGGACAUGAAGUGGGCCAAUGAUAACCCUGAUCUGUUUGCUAUGAUGGAGAAAACCAGGAUGUACGUCUUUAGGAACCUAGAUCCAGAGGAACCAAUCCAAACUUCUGGAUAUAUCUGCAACUUUGAAGACUUGGAAAUCAAAUCUGUCCUGCUUGAUGAAAUCAUGAAGGAUCCAGAGAGGCCGAACAAAGACAACCUUAUAAACUUUGAGAUCCGCUCCCUGAGGGACAGUCGCGCGCUCAUCGAAAAAGUGGGAAUUGAAGAUGCCUCACAGUUCAUUGAGGACAAUCCUCACCCAAGACUCUGGCGCCUGCUGGCAGAAGCCGCCCUCCAGAAACUGGAUCUAAAGACAGCUGAGCAGGCCUUCGUCCGCUGCAAAGACUACCAGGGCAUUGAGUUUGUGAAGCGCCUGGGCAACCUGCAGAGGGAACCCAUGAAGCAAGCCGAGGUGGCCGCCUACUUCGGCAGGUUUGAAGAAGCAGACCGAAUGUACCUGGAUAUGGAUCGAAGGGACCUAGCCAUCAACCUGAGGAUCAAGCUGGGAGACUGGUUCAAAGUGCUGCAACUGCUCAAAAGUGGCUCGGGGGAUUGUGACGAUGCUCUGCUGGAACAGGCAUACAAUGCAAUCGGCGAUUACUUUGCUGAUAGGCAGAAGUGGGCCAAUGCUGUGCAGUUCUACCUUCAGGGCCGUAACCAGGAGAGGCUGGCCGAAUGUUACUACAUGCUGGAGGACUAUGAUGGCCUCGAAAGGCUGGCCACAGAUCUGCCCGAGAAUCAUAAGUUGUUACCGGAAAUUGGCCAGAUGUUUGCCACUGUGGGCAUGUGUGAACAAGCUGUGAACGCCUACCUGAAGUGCAAACAGCCCAAAGCUGCUGUUGACACGUGCGUCCAUCUGAACCAGUGGAACAAAGCGGUGGAACUGGCAAGAACCCUCAACAUGAAGGAGAUUAAAUCUCUUCUUUCCAAAUACGCCUCACAUCUUCUUGAGAAGAAUAAAACUCUGGAGGCAGUUGAACUGUAUCGGAAAGCCCAUCACUUUCUUGAGGCUGCCAAACUCAUGUUUAAGAUAGCUGAUGAGGAGGCGAAGAAAAGGAGCCGGCCUCUGAGGGUGAAGAAGCUCUACGUGCUGGCGGCGCGGCUUGUUGAAGACUACCACGAGCACGUCAAGACCUCCCAGCAGAGCAAAGUCCAAGGAAAAAAGUCAGAGGCAACAUUUGCACUGGCUGGCCUGCUUGAAGAAGAUGCCACCUCUUCAGAUGAUCGCAUCGUGGACAACGCCUGGCGAGGAGCGGAGGCAUAUCACUUCUUCCUGCUCGCUCAAAGGCACCUGUACGCAGGCUACAUGGAGAACGCAAUGCGCACAGCUCUUCACCUGCGCGAGUACGAGGACGUCAUCCCAGCAGUGGAGAUCUACUCUUUGCUGGCCAUUUGCUCUGCAGCCAACCGGGCCUUCGGCACAUGCUCCAACGCCUUCAUCAAGCUGGAAUCCCUGGAGAGUCUGAGUCCAGAGCAACGGCAACCUUAUGAGGACCUUGCCCUGGAGAUCUUCACCAAACAUCCCCCAAAAGACCGUGUGAUCCAGCCCAGCAGCUCACCAGAGCGGCCGGCGGGAAAGAUGCCCACCUGUAUUGCAACAGGACUGCCGAUCCGGGCGUGCCAGUUUUGGAUGUGCAGUGUGUGUAAACACUGUGCCGACGAACAUGAGAUCAGCAAAUACAACUGCUGCCCGCUGUGCCACAGCCCCCUCAUGUGAGGCACCGAAGCUCCAGUUUCCCAGGAGGAAUCUUUUGAGGCAGAAAAAGGGAAGUUUCAGAGCAUUUUGGGACAUAUUCUGUGUUUGAAUUCAUUGGUAGAACCUGUGCACCUUAAUUGGUCAUUUGUGGAAAUAACUGUGAAUUUUCAGGCCUAAUCUUAUUGACGUGUUGGGUUUUUAAUGCCCAGAGGCAGCUUUGUGGUUUUUAGCCAAACGAGCAGAAAGAGGUCAAAACCAAAUAAGUCAAACUGUUUAUGUAUAUUUAUCAAAUAAACAUACUUUUUUCAAAAAAUGUGUUGUCAAUUAAAAAACUUUGUAACUAUUUUUAAAGUAAAGUGAGCAGUUGAAUAAAGUGCUGA